AUGGCAGUGACACCUUUCAAAGCAAAGGCUGAGGAAAGAGCGAAGUUGUGCAAGAAGGAUGAAGAGUCCCCUGAUCGUCCUGCCAAGCGCAUGUGCAACGCGUACGAGAAGCAGAUUGACCUGCUGGAGUAUGUGGGUUCUUUCCGCGGUGAAAAUGCAAUUCCUGGCUCUCACCCUGCAGCCUUGGUGGCUGAACUCUUUGCCAGCAGCAAUGACGAGCACAACACGCUUCACUGCCAACAGCUGGAAGCCUGGUAUAGUGAAUAUGCCACUGCUGUGCGCAAAGCACCAUACCUCUUCAAGAAGCCUGAGUCCAUCGUUGUUGACCCUUCCAUGAACGACGAGACGAUCAAGGUUCCAGUGACUUGUCUCAAGUUCUGUCCUCCAGAGGAUGGAUUUCCAGUAUGCGAAGAUUGGAUCGGCACUUUCGAGAGCUUUAUGUUCGGAGGAGUGGAGCUUGGAAGAGAGCCAUUGGAUGGCUCGUUGGAGCUCGUCACAGAUGGGUCCAAAGCAUUGACUGUGCAAUCCAUCGAUCAGAUCAAGGGGUGGACACGCAGCUCCAUUGUCAUGACGUUUCUGAUCGCCGCCUCAGAGCUGGACCUUAGUGAUCCAUCGGCGCUGGAAAAGCUGAAGCCCUUGCAGCCCAUCUUGGACCGGUGCUGGAUGCUUCCAGUUCACGUGACAUUCAACAUGGGUUCGGCUCAUCGUUCGUUUCGGAAUAUCACCUUGUCAUUCCGAGGGAGUGAGCGCCAAGCACCAAGCAGCUUGCAACUGGCGUUGCGGUUUUCUUGUGUGCUCGAGCAGUAUGAAAAGGAAGGUCGCCAUCGACCUGACAUGACGGUCGAGCAACGAUUGACCGAUGUUGUGACCGAGUUCAACCUGAGCCCAGGCUUGCAAAGCAAGCACCGCAUAGAAGAGGACCGAUUCAAGGCUGUUCUGAACUUGCUGUCGGGCACAUGUGAGGCAUCCCGCAACGUGAUCAGGGAGCACUUGGAUGGGAACAAAUGGCAUAACAGUGCCUUCUCCACAGAGCAGUUCAAAGGAUCACGAUGGAUGCUGACAGCUAGCCCGAAGGCUUCGACAUGUCCGGCAGAGCUCCGCAAGUGUUUGACAGUGACGCCACACAGCCAAGUGCUACACCUCCAGUUGGUGGUCAAAGUGUUCGUGGACGCAGGACGGCGUCUUCGUCCUUCAGCUCGAUCCAGGGUCAGGAUGUCUUUGGACCAAUUUGAGCACCUGUGCGAUUUCGCUUGCGUCUUUUCCUAUGUCUGGCAGGAGGCCAAGCUGCUGUCAAGCUGGAAUGAAGAGAAAGAUGCUGCGAUGGCAAAGGCAUUUUUCCAAAGGGAUUACGCUUCCGACAUCGAGGCAGCUGUGACCGCCAAGCUCUCGACAUGGAAGCCACAGCAUUUGUCACUGUGGACUGAUUUGGUGGAGCAGCCAUUGCAGCCAGUGGCUGUGGCGUCGGCCGUCGAGAUCAUGGAAAUCGAAGAUCAAGCACAAGCGGCCCGCUUCAGAGAAGUAAGGGCAAAGGUGUCGCAAGACAUUGCGGCCAUGACUGCGUACAACACAGCGAAGGAUGAAUCAAACCGCAGAAAUCAUGUGGUGUCGGUCAUGCACCAGAAGGCGCAGGUGACAGUUGGGAAGCAGCUCUGCGAAGCCUUCAUGGAGAAAUGUUGCCGACUUUCCUUGGUGACCAAGAAGGAUGGCUUUGACACCGGCUUGGACGCUAUGAUCCGACAGACCGCUGCAAACCACAAGGUGACUCCACAGGAUGUUGAUUGCAUCCUCUACUUCGAUUGCACCAAGUUGGGUGUGCUCCAGCAAGCUGAGAUCAACAUGCUCGGGGACUAUGCUGAGAAAUUGCUCUUCAAAAACCCACAGCGUGGUGUUUUGGUGCUCAUCCCGCCACUGCUGGUUGGUGCAGAAAGUGGAGGCAGUCUCCGUGGAGACAUGAGGUUUUGCAGCUCGCAAUUGUGGCUGCGCCAGAGUCUGCCGCUUGGAUCUUUCCCCAAAGCUUUGGAUGAGAAGCAGUUUGUGGUGCCUGGAGAGGCGUUCCUAUGCCACGAAUCACGAAGGUCACUUAGCGAUUUGCAGGAAACCUCUCAGUGGCUCGGGGGUUGCCAGGUCUCUCAGCGAUUGCUUGAAGCGCUGACAGGUGACAGAAAGAAUUUCCAUGGCGCGGUUGUCGUGCAUCCCACCUCGUAUGAUGGUUGUCUGGAGAUGGCGUCAAUGAAGCUUGGUUUUCCAGUGCUUGCAAGUUCUGGACAAGGUGUCGCCUACAACUGCUCCAAGGAGAUUGUGAAGAACCACCUGGUCGAGGCUUGGAAGAACAGCCGCAGUCCAAUGGACAAGUGCACACCACGCUACAAGCGUGAUCCACCUGCAGAGGAGUUGCCAACUGCACCUGGUGUUCCGGAGCUCAAGAUCUUGCAGAUCAGUGAAGACAAGCUGAUCAUCCCACGUGAUGUGAGACAGGCAUUCUUGUCCUGCCCCAUCUGGGGGCCGGAAUGGAGAGAACUGCUCAAAAAGUUCGAUGCUGACUGGGGCGUGGCCAUUCCGAACCCAAGUCCUGCACCUCAGCCUUCGGCUGGUAGUGGGCCUGGGCCAGUGGAUGGUGCUGGCUUCUGGUCCAACUAUUUCCAGGAAGAUCCCAAGACGCUGGAGGCCGUCAAAGCCAAAUACGGCGCUGACAUCACUGAGUUCGCUGGUUUGGACUCUUCGUCUUCUUUCCUUUUGUGUCCCGGCCCUGUGCUCUUCAUCCAUGCGAAAGACGCUGUGCUGCUGCGGGUGAGUGAUAGCCCCCUGGUUUGCCAUGGUGCUGGAACUUGGCUCCUUGCUGAAAAAGCAGAGAAGUACUUGAGAGAUCACCCUGGAAAGGGAAUCCCUUGCGCAUGGACUGCUGACUCGGUCCCUGUGAUCAUUGAGGAAGAUGGUGUGGACAGCUCGGUGAUGAGCCUCCGGGCUGCCUUGCAGCACUUUGAGACCAAAGGCUUGGUGGAGUAUACAGUGGGAGGCCACACUUGCUGCAGGCCGCCAAGUGUGCAGCAGGGGCGUGAAGCAGACUGCUUCCAGGUUGGGCCGGAUCCUGCCAACACCUUGGUUUGGAAGCCGAACAAUGUACCCACCCGCGGCAUCAAAGCGGCCAAUGUCGCAUCCGCUUUCUCUUGGCCAGCGCUUGAGGCCAGCCCAUUGAAGGUGGUGUGGAGGCUUCGCCUGUGGAUGACUGAAAAGUGCAUAGCUCCGGCUAAGCCAUUGUAUUUCUUGCCCCAUGACUUGGAUCUUGCAAAGGGAUCCUGCCAGCGCCUUAUCUAG